ACCAAAUUAGUAAUGGACCAAAAAGAUAUCAAUGAACUAAAGGAUGCUCAUCUUGAGAAGUAUAUCCCAAUCAUUGGCAAACACCUUAGCAGUUGGAAGGAUGUGAUUACUGAAAAAGAUGCGGUGAUAUUUAGACUAUCGGGUUUGUCUAAUAUAACAUGUAUGGUUAAAGCAAAGAGCAAAAGCGUGAGUCCAAGAUAUGUCAUUUUCAGAGUUUUUGAUAAUGAACUAUGAUCCAAUGAGCUGGAAUCUAGCGUCUUCGAGUGACUCUCUGACCAAGGACUAGGGCCAGUAUGAUUCUUCCAGAAUGAGCAUUACAGAAUCGAACAGAGUUUCGAUGCUAAGCCAAUCACUAUUUUUGAAAUGAGGAACCCGGUGUUUAUGAAACAGAUCAUUCAGAAAACUUUUAAGCUGAAUUAUAACCAACAGCUUAAACAGACUAUGAUCGAUCUACAGGGUGAAAAGCCUCCAACUCAGGUCGAGGUUAUUCAAAAUGACUGGCUCCCUAAGCUUAGAAAAAGAUUCGACCAUCUUUAUAGCUUGAUUACCUUUGAUGACUAUAUUGAGACAAUGGAUAUUGUCAAAAAGGAGUUUCUUAGAGAGGAUAUUGAUGAAUUUUUAAAUGCUCUCACAUUCGGCCUUUAUGACUCCACUGACGAAUCUGGUGGUGAGAAGGACAGAAACGACCCAUUGGUGGUGAGCCAUAAUGAUAUUCAAGAGUGAAAUAUUUUGUCUAUGAGACAUCAUGCCUCUAACCUUGCUAUUAUUGAUUACGAAUAUACUUCUCUGGGCAACAGGGAGUAUGAUUUGGCAAAUAUUUUCUGUGAAUUAAUCAUGGAUAAUGCUUAUCCCUACUUCCCCUUCAUUGCUCUAUAUCCUGAGAACUGUCUGACUAAAAAGGAGUUUAUCACUUACAGUAAACAUUACUUGGGCCUCUAUCAUGAUAACUUUGGUGUGCCUGAGGAGACUAAGGAGCAGUACAUUGAGAGAGAACUUCCUGUAUUCCUUGAAAACCUCUAUUGCUCAAUGAUCCUGAAUGGCUACUACUGGGGUAUUUGGAGUAUUCUAAUGAUUGAUGAGAAGAAAAUAAAUGAUAAAAUCUUCAAUUUUGCCUUUGCUAAGCAAAGAAUUGAGCUGACUCAGCAUCUUCUGACUCUUGAUUUCAUAAGAGAGGCUGUUGAGACUAAGGAGAAAAAGUAUAAGGAAGCCCAGUAAUUUAUCGGUGAACAUAUUUUUAAUUCAGCAUG